AUGUUUGACGCAUCAGCAAAGCCGCCGCAAAAGGUCCUACCACUUUAUGCCACUUUGACAUCGUUCUCGAAUUUAAAAGGUCCAUGUAAACGAUACAUACAGUAUCUCUCCCGUCUCUACGUUUUGUACGGUUCGAUACCAACCUCAGCCUCAUACCCGGUCAGGUUGAUUCGAACUGCGCCCCGCCAAGUACUGCGAAUGCGGAUGUCUCGUAAAUAG